AUGCCGGUUGUGUACCAAGGUCCCCGUACGGGUGAGCCACUAUUCGAACAGUUUGGCGAGUCUCCCUUGAUCACGGCUGUGCUCACUUAUGCUGGCUUCAUGCUCCUGAACUUACUUGGUCGACUGCAAGAUUUUCUACGUUGGUGCUGCAUACUCCAUUGUCCAUUGGUUAACGAACCAAAACGCACUCGAUCCUUUGUGCCACUUUACUCGUCUUACGAGGCAUUUUACACUCGGAAUAUAUACAGGCGGGUACAGGAUUGCUGGAACCGUCCAAUCUGUUCCUCUCCUGGGGUGGAAAUCACUGUCUUGCACCGCGUUACCAAAGAUAACGGAUGGACUCUCGAAUUCACAGGUGAAAAGAAGCGUGUUCUUAACUUGGGCUCCUAUAAUUAUCUGGGCUUUGGCGAUCCCCAUGGACCAUCUGUUGACGCUAACGGACGAGCCACACGUCGAUUCGGAGUGGGAGUAGCCAGCCCAAGACAGGAGGUCGGUAGCCUCAUUCUCCACCAGGAGCUGGAAAACUUAGUUGCGGAAUUUGUCGAUCAGGAGGCCGCCAUUGUGUUCAGCAUGGGGUUCGCCACCAACUCGAUGAACAUCCCAUGUCUGGUGGACAAGGUAGUGAAGUUUUACUGA